AUGCAUAAAAAAAUAACUUUCCAGCUAAACCUGUAUAGUUUUCGCCUAUAUUUAUGUCUAAAAUUCAGUAAAGCAACCAUUAGAAAAAUAUUUUUAUGGGUUAAAAAUUAUUUCUAUUGAAAAAUUCUUAAUUUUUCUAUAGUUUUCAACUGUGAAAUUUUCAUUAUAAUUCAUUUUUGGUGGUCUAUUAUACACAUUUACAAAGAAUAGCCACAAAGAGUACUUUUUAGCUAGCGAACUAAUUUGACAAUACAGCUAAUGUCUAACUAGCCAAAAUGCUCCUUAGCUAUUUCAUCAUAAACUAUUAUAGAUUUUUCUCCUCCCUUUUCUUCUAA